AUGAUCAUCCUAAUCUUCGUCAUCAAUGUAUUGAAAAUUUGUUCUGAAAAUGUUACAGAGUUGGCAAUUGCUUUGUACCCAACUGUAGGAGAAUUUUAUGAAUAUCAUAUGGAGAAUAUUUUACCAUCAUCCUAAUUAAAUUGCAAAAUGCAUCCUUAAAUUCCAAAUGUGAAAGUAGUCAAUUAAUAUGAAGAAAUAUACAAAAUAUAAGGGAAUUGUAAGUCAUUAAGAUUAUUAUUAUAGCAUAUAUAUCAAUGUCAUCAAAUAAUACACAUUUUGGUACAUUAUCUAAUAAUAAUGAAGUAAUUAUAUAUGAAUGGAAGAAUUAAAUGAUUCAAUAAGUUGGAUUAUCUAUGUCUAUUGAUAUUUUGUAUAAUUGUUUUAAUAUCAAUUUGUUUUUCAAUUAUACAAUCUUAGUAGAUUGUUAUUACAACAAUGAAAUCUUAUUUAUUUAAUUAAUAGAUGGAUAAUCAAUUAUUGCUUAUUUAAAUUAGUCAAAUUUACCUACUUCAACUAAGAUAUAAUCAAUUGUAAAUGGAACAAAUACUUUUAUUGUAUAUGCCUAAUAUUUUAAGAAUUAUUCAAUACUUACACUAUUUUCAUCGUCAUUUUUUAAUUUAAGUAGUUUAUAGAACUAAUUUGUCGAUUUUGAUAUACCAAUUACAAUAAGUCCCAAUAUUUAUGCAAUUACUUCUUCAGAGUUAUACUAAUUUUCAAUAUCUUCAGAUUCUUAAUUUAAUUUUAUGUAUAAUUUUAGCGAUCUUGGCUAUAUGAAUAAUUUUACAACUAUUAAUGUUUAUUACAAUUUUUAGAACUACUCUUAAUGUGAUUAAAUAUUGUUAUUAUUUAACAAAGGGUAGAAAAACUCAUCAGAAUUUAAAGUGGCUAAAUUAUUUGGAUGUGAAAGUUAAAUAAUGUUAUAAAAUAAUAAUUGCCCAUUUAACAAUUGUCAGUUUAUUGAGAAUAUACUCUAAAAUGCUGAAUUUAUAAUCUAUAAAUCAAUUAAUGAAACUGCUAUUUUGUUUUAGGAAAAAACAUAAACAUAUUACUUUUAUCAAAAUAAUCAAAACAAUUAAAAAGUAUAUCUCAAUAAUGAUAAUGAAUUAUUUUAAUUUGAUAAAGAAAUUGUUGUUUAUUAAAUUUCACAGCCAUCCAUAUAGAUCAAUUUGACCAAUUCUGAAUCUCAACUAAAUUAAUCCUUCUUUAAUUUAAUGUGUUUCAAUUAUAAUAAGACUUAUAAUAUUAGUCUAAUUAAUAUAAAUCUUUAAAUACUAUCAUAGUAAGAUACAAAUAUUUAUGUAAUGUAUAAUUAAGGGUUUGCCAAUUUAUAAUUAUGGUAAAGAUAUUCUCAAAUAGUUGGUUUUUAUGGUUAUUCAGGUUAAUUAUUACAUUAUACUUUAAAUAAAAAUGAACCCUAUUUUAAUUUUAAUCCAAUAACUUUCUCAAAUUUUGGUAAAAUUGAUUAGACUUACAAUCUUAUAUAAAUUUUAUCAUUAAUGUUCUAAACAGCCUAAAGAUAUUUAAUAGGAUAUAAUAAUUAACAACUUGAUAUUUCUAUUUGCACUUUUAACUUCAACAACUAUUCUUAUUAAUUAAAACUAUUAAAUUCAAUUAACAUCUCUAUAAAUGCAAGUUCUUUAUAAGUUGCCUAUACCAUUUAUCCUUUUAUGCUUAUAAUUGGUCUCAGUGAUAAUAAUAAUAUAUCUUUAGUUUAGUACUACAAUUAUAAAAAUAGUAUAAUUACUUCAAAUUAUACUUUUGAAUAAUAAUUCUCAGAUUUUCUUUUAACAUAUAACAGUAUAAUAAUUCUAAUUCUAUUAUAAGAAAUUCAAAUACUAACAUUUAAUUAUACAGUUACCUAUACUUUAAAUUAAUAGUCAAUAAAUAAAUUAUUCAAUAACAUUCAGUUCAAUCCUAUAUAAAUAGUUGUAAAUACAUAAUCAUAAUCAUCUUUUUUAUAUAUCAAUAAUAUUAAUGAAGUCAUAAUAAUAUCAAUAGAUUAAAAUAGUUUUCCAAUACCAAUUUCCUUGAUUCAAGUCAAUUUUACAAUUAAAUAGAUAAAUUUAGUAAACUAAUAAUUGAUUAUAUCUUAUAUAUGUAAUAAUCAAAGGAAUAUUUGCUUUUAAGUUUGGAAUGUGUAAAAUUUACCAAAAUACUACUAUGUAAAGAAUCUAUUAAGAGUAAAUUUUAAUAAUAAUAUUACAAUAUCAUCAGAUAACUUAUUCUUUUAUGUUACUUUUAGCAAUUACACUGUUUAUGUUUAUAAUCCUUUAUUACCAUAUCAUAUGAGUUUAUAUUAUAUGUUAGAAUUAACCUCACCAAUUUAAUGUACUGAGUAAUAUUCUUUAAGCGAGAGUUAUAGUUAUGGAAAAUCAAUAAUACUUUCCAACAAUAAUUUAUAUACUCUUUCGGAAGAAUAAUUUUUUAAUCUAACUUAUUCAUAAUCCGAUUAUGUCUUUAACAAUUCAAUAAGUUAUCCUUAAUUAACUUUUAAUUAUACUGUAACUUCAGCAUUAAAUAAUACUGCUUUUUAGCAAACUUCGAAUUAAACUGCAUAUUUUUAUACAAAUUUCACACUGUUUCAGAAUUAAAUAUGUCCCCCAGUAUAUCUAAGUGAAGAUAAUAUUAUUCCUAAUUCUAAAAAUUUCUCAUAUCCUAUGAAUGUAAUUCUUGAUAGAUAAGUUGGAUAUUGUAAUCUAAAUAAAACCUUAGCUUUAAAUAGAUACUGUAGUUUAACUUAAUUGUUGAAUUAGCCUAGUAACAUUUCUAACAUUCAGAAUUACUCCUUAAUUACUUCAAUAAAUAACAAAUAUUUUGCAUUACAGAAUAACUCUUACAUUUAAUCUUUAAGUAGUAAUUUAAAUAAUCUAUCUAAUUUUAAUUAUGCGAAUCAUAAUUUUAGUCAUUGUUUACAAUCUACUUCAUAUAUUUAUUCAUUAUAUACAAUUUGUUAAAAUAUAACUUCAUAAUACUUACUUAACUUUACAUUAAAUUCUUCAGGCUAUAUUGUAAAUCUAAAUACCACUUAACUUCUUUAAACCUUUUAUAAUAUUUCCAAAAUUAACAGCAUUUUAAACUAAAUUUUUCUCUUAGGUAUCUUACAAAAUUCAUAACCAUAAUAAUAAUAAUUGUAUUGGUUUAAUUAA